GCUUCUCGUAUGGAUUACCUGCUGUGUUUUGUGCUGGUAAUACGGUGCAUGCGGCUGGGAGGUUUCGGGUCCCGUUGUUUAGUAUUUUGUGGUGUCCGUGUGAUAGAGCUCUGGUGACAGACAGGCAGUCGGGGACACCGUAGGGUUCAUAGAUGCUGUCUCGCUGCAGCACACGCUGCGUGUUCACACUGUGUGUUCUUUUACAGGGUUCUCUGCGCUCCAUCCAUGCCGAGCGGCUCGUAGCUGUAUAGGAUGGUUCUGCUGUCUUGACUCUUUCCUUAAGUCCCAUUUUCUGUGUUGCCUCUGACACCCUGAGACCCCCUGUGUUCUCAGUAUGUCGGAGGGCUGGCCCCAAGCCCAGGCCCCCUCUGCCUCGCUCCAGCCCAACCAGCAACAACCAGCACAGCAUCCUGGGGCCAUCACACUUGGCGAGCACCCCGUCACCACUACAGGCUCUACUGAGAACACAUUAGGUUGUGCUGUCUAUGGCAUCCUGCUUCAAGCAGACCUUGGGGUUCCGCACCCUCCAAUACCAUCCAGUGAGCCUAUACACAAGUGCGGGCUGUGCGGACAUGACCUAUCCCAUCUGGCAAAUCCACAGGACCAUCAGUGUGUGGCCCCGGCGAGCCAGGACCGCUCGUUUCAGUGCACGCAGUGUCUGAAGAUCUUUCAUCAAGCCACCGAUCUCCUUGAGCACCAAUGCACACAGGUUGAGCAAAAGCCAUUUGUGUGCGGUGUCUGUAAAAUGGGCUUCUCGCUACUUACCUCGCUUGCCCAGCACCACAAUGUCCAUAACGGCAGCUCCCUCAAAUGCUCCAUCUGUGAGAAAACAUACAAGGCUUCUGAGGCAGAGCGGCCUCCAGUCCCCAGCGUUUCCGUACUUAGCCAGGACUCCCACGACAAACCGUUCAGCUGCACCCUCUGCCAGAAGCCAUUCAAGCACCUCUCCGAGCUGUCUCGGCACGAGCGCGUCCACACAGGAGAGAAGCCCUAUAGAUGCACCCUUUGCGACAAAAGCUUCAGCCAGUCUUCGCACCUCGUGCACCAUAAGCGCACUCACAGCUCAGAGCGGCCCUACAAGUGCACUGUUUGCGAGAAGAGCUUUAAGCACCGCUCGCACUUGCUGCGCCAUAUGUAUGCCCACGCCGGCGAGCAGCUGUUCCAGUGCCAGACCUGUCUGCUGCGUUUCAAGGAGUCGGCACAGCUCAUGCAGCACCCCUGUACUCCUGCUGGAGAGAGACCCUUCCAGUGCAGCGCCUGCCAGAAAACCUUUCGCCGGCCGUCAGACCUGAGGCAGCACGAGCGCACCCACAGCGAAGAGCGGCCUUUCCACUGUGACCUGUGUCAAAUGAGCUUCAAGCAGCAAUACGCGCUUAUGAGGCACCGACGCACGCACAAAGCAGACGAUCCAGCCAAAUGUACCGUGUGCGAGAAAGGUCUGGGCCAGCCGACGCAGCUCCUCUUCCACCAGCACGGGGCCGAGAGCAUCUUCAAAUGCAACGCUUGCCAGCGCGGCUUCAGCCAGUCGCAGGAGCUUCUGCGGCACAAGUGUGGGCAGAGCAGCUCAGAGCGGCCUUUCCAGUGCGGGGUUUGUCACAAGGCUUAUAAGCGGUCCUCAGCCCUGCAGAAGCACCAGGCGUCCCACUGCACGGAGAAACCUCUGCGAUGCACUGCAUGCGAGCACCGCUUUUUCUCUUCCUCAGAGUUUGUACAGCACCGCUGCGAUCCAGCCAGGGAGAAACCGCUCAAGUGUUCAGACUGUGAAAAACGCUUCAAAUACGCCUCGGACAUGCAAAGGCACCGGCGGGUACACACGGGCGAAAAGCCCUAUAAGUGCCCAUCGUGUGACAAAAGCUUCAAACAGCGAGAGCAUCUAAACAAACACCAAAGUGUUCACAACCGGGAGCAGCAGUACAAGUGCUUGUGGUGCGGCGAGCGGUUCCACGAGCUGGGCCUGCUGCAGGAACACAGCGCUCAGCACACUGCCGACGGAGGCUACCAGGUGGCCUCCUGUCUGUCCUAACAGACCGUUACCGUCAAAGGGACCAACCCUCUACACCCUGUCCUGUUUAAUGCUAAAUGCACCUUGUCGGCACAUGACAUGUACAAACACCCUGCACUGUUACCCCAUGUCUGCCUGUCCUUGUGUUUAUCGCUUUAAAGGGUUUUUUUUUUAAAUAAAAAAGAAAACAGUUUUUAACA